AUGGUCACGUUUUCGCGUCGCGUCGCCGCCGCCGUUGCCGUCGCCGCCGCCGCCGUCUUGGUCCCGCCCGGCCUCGUCGCCCUCGUCGACCAGCUGGCCGCCGCGGCCGGCCACAUGCACAUCGACAAGGCCGGCCGCCUGCAGCAGUGGGCCGCCAGCCGGCCGCUCAACAACGGCGCCUGUGUCGUCGAGACCGCCGCCCACGCCUGCGAAGACGUCGUCGUGCACGCCGCGUCGAGCACCGUCUUUGCGGCGUGCGGCGACCCGCGCGGACGGGCGCACUGGUACCCGCCGGCCGGGCAGCGCGAUGCCCCGGGCCGGCUGGCCGUCGGGUCGUCGUUCCGGGAGCCGCUCUUCAAGCACGACCUCCGGCGCGGCGUGACGACGGAGCUGCGCAUCGAGGGCGUCGAGGGCGACUUUGUGACGCACGGCGUGGACGUCUGGUCGUCUCCGGACGAUCCGUCCACGAUCCACAUCUUCGCCGUGCGGCACACGCGCACGGGCGACUCCGUCAGCAUCUUUUCGCACACGCUGGGCACCGACACGGUGGCGCUGGUCCGGGACGUCCGGCACCCCAACAUCAAGACGGCCAACGGCGUCGCGGCCGUGGGGUUGUUUCAAUUCUACGUCACAAACGACCACUACUUCGUUUCCGAUCCGUGGCGGACGCUCGAAGAGCGCUUCGGGCCGUGGACAUGGGCCACAAACGUGCAAUACUGCGACGCGGCGAGCGAGGCGAGUCUGGACUGCAUGACCGUCUGCAAGACCGUGGCCGGCCCUUUCCCCGCCGCCAACGGCAUUGCCGUCUGGGAGGACCGCCUGUUUGUCGGCGACUCGCAGAACGGAACCCUGCGCGUCUUCCAGCAGCGCCCCGACCACGGCGUGGAGUACCUGUCUCAGGUGGAACUCGGCGCCGCCGCAGACAACAUCAAGAUUGAUCCCUCCACGGGCGAUCUCAUCGUAGCAGUCUUCCCCACCGUCGAAAAUCUCCCCGCGUACCUGGCCAGCGUCGACAAGCUCGGCAACGAGCUCCGCGUGCCGGCGGCCACGCUGCGGCUGCCCCGGGCCAGCGACUACGCGCCCGAGCUGCUGUACUUUGACGACGGCGGCGUGCUGAGCGACAUGACGGCGAUGGCGCUGGACCCGGCGACCAAUGUCUUGGUGGGCGCGGCGGUGCUGCAGUACGGCGGCUUUGCCGUCUGCAAGAUGGGGCAUUCAAAGUGA